AUGAAUCACGACCCUUUUGAUUGGGGAAGACCUUCCGCCGAUGUUUAUGGUGAAUACAACAUGAAGAUUGCCAAUGCGUCUCCAUACCCAAGUAUGCACACACAACAGCCAAUUGUGACCGGUACAUCGGUAAUUUCCAUGAAAUACAACGGCGGUGUGGUAAUUGCUGCUGAUAACUUGGGUUCGUACGGCUCGUUGCUGCGCUUUAGCGACAUCGAAAGAUUGAUUCCAGUGGGUCAAAGCACUGUGGUGGGAAUCUCGGGCGACAUAUCAGACAUGCAGCAAUUGGAAUAUCUACUGGAAGAGAUGCAGACGGAAAACAACUACGACAACCAGUAUGCGGACGAAGAAGAGGCUUUGAAGCCCAGUUAUGUUUUUGAAUAUCUUGCGAACGUGAUGUACAGCAGAAGAUCUAAGAUGAAUCCACUUUGGAACGCGCUGAUUGUUGCCGGUGUAGAGGAUGAAAAACCGUUUUUAAAAUAUGUCAAUUUGUUGGGUGUGACAUACACAGCACCCUCACUCGCUACCGGGUUCGGAGCGCACCUGGCAUUACCUCUGCUGAGAAAAGUGGUUGACGUGGAGAGCGACGUUGAAGGCACAGAUUUGGAGACCGCUAAGAAAUCCAUAAUUGAGGCCAUGAAAGUGCUGUUCUACCGUGACGCGCGCUCUUCUCGCAAAUAUUCGCUAGCGAUCAUCGACAAAGAGAAGGGACUAAUUUUCGAUAAGAACAAUAAAGUCGAGGACAUGGUCUGGGGGUUUGCAAAGGAUAUCAGAGGCUACGGUACCCAGAAAGUGUAG